AUGCCUGGAAGCUUAGAGCCUUUGGAUUUAGGUGUUCAGAUCCCAUAUCAUUUCAGGUGUCCGAUUUCUCUUGAACUUAUGAGAGACCCGGUUAUCGUCGUAACGGGUCAGACAUACGACCGGCCAAGUAUCGAGUCAUGGGUGGCCACCGGAAACACCACCUGCCCUGUCACUCGUCUUCCUCUUACAGACUUCACCCUCAUCCCUAACCAUACCCUACGCCGGCUUAUACAGGAAUGGUGUGUUGCUAAUCGGUCGUAUGGUGUGGAGCGGAUUCCGACGCCGAAACAACCGGCGGAUCCUGUUAUGGUCCGGUCCUUACUCAGCCAGGCUGCCUCUGAGUCUAAUUCUAGCCAUGCCAGGCUGUCUGCCCUUCGUCGCCUCCGUGGGCUGGCACGUGACUCUGAUAAGAAUCGUUCGGUGAUCUCGACGCAUAACGCACGUGAAGUGCUGCUUGGUGUGUUGUUCUCGGAGACGAAUUCAAACUCAUCGGAGUUGAAUCUGGAAUCGCUUGCGAUCCUAUCUUCGUUUCCGCUUUCAGAAUCGGAGUGUCUGUUGGUGUCAUCGGAUCCGGAUCGGAUUUCAUACCUAAUUUCUCAUCUAUCGCAUUCCUCGAUUGACGUCCGAGUAAACGCCGCCUCCUUGCUUGAAAACGUCGUCGCCGGAACGAGAUCUCCGGAGAACAGAGCAGAAAUCAGCAAUCACGACGAGGUUUUCGACCGAAUCGUCGGAAUUCUCAAUUAUCCUUUAUCAUAUCCGCGUGCAAUGAAAGUCGGAAUCAAAGCGUUAUUUGCUUUAUGCUUGGUGAAACAACACCGUCACAAGGCUGUGGAAGCAGGAGCAGUGGAGGCGCUGAUCAACAGACUAGCAGAUUUCGAAAAAUGCGACGCCGAGAGAGCUCUGGCGACAGUAGAGCUUCUAUGCCGAAUACCACAAGGAUGCGCCGCAUUCGCAUCUCACGCGCUCACAGUACCAUUACUAGUCAAAAUCAUCCUGAAAAUAUCCGAUCGAGCAACAGAGUACGCAGCCGGCGCACUGCUGUCACUCUGCUCGGCGGCGGAACGGUUGCAGAGGGAGGCGGUGGCGGCGGGAGUGUUAACACAGCUGUUGUUGCUCGUACAAAGCGAUUGUACAGAGCGUGCAAAGCGAAAAGCGCAAAUGCUGUUGAAACUGCUCCGGGAUUCGUGGCCGGAAAAAUCGAUUAGGAAUUCGGAUGAUUUUGCGUGCAGCGACGUCGUUCCGUAUUGA